GACCUCAAGGGCCAGUACUGGACGGAUGAUGACUCUGACGGCGACAAUGAGUCCGAGGAGUUCCUUUACGGCGUCCAGGGGACCUGUGCCGCCGACCUGUACCGUCACCCACAGCUGGAUGCUGACAUCGAGGCGGUGAAGGAGAUCUACAGCGAGAAUGCCGUGGCUGUCAGGGAGUAUGGGACCAUCGAUGAUGUGGACAUUGACCUCCACGUGAACAUCAGCUUCCUCGAUGAGGAGGUGGCGACGGCGUGGAAGGUGCUGCGGACGGAGCCCAUCGUCCUCCGCCUGCGCUUCUCCCUCUCCCAGUACCUCGAUGGCCCCGAACCGUCCAUCGAGGUUUUCCAGCCAUCCAACAAGGAGGGCUUCGGGCUGGGUCUGCAGUUGAAGAAGAUCCUGGGCAUGUUCACAUCCCAGCAAUGGAAACAUCUCAGCAACGAUUUCCUGAAGACCCAGCAGGAGAAGCGGCACAGUUGGUUCAAGACGAGUGGCACCAUCAAGAAGUUCCGUGCUGGCCUCAGCAUCUUCUCUCCCAUCCCCAAGUCUCCCAGCUUCCCCGUCAUCCAGGAUUCAGUGCUGAAGGGCUCCUGCAUGGUGAAGAACCCCAAGGUGGAGGUUUUCGGCUACCCCCCCACCAGCACCCAGGUUGGUGGUCACUGCAAGAACAUCCCUACGCUGGAGUACGGCUUCCUUGUCCAGAUCAUGAAGUAUGCAGAGCAGCGGAUCCCAACGCUCAACGAGUACUGCGUGGUGUGUGAUGAGCAGCACGUCUUUCAGAAUGGCUCCAUGCUCAAGCCAGCAGUGUGCACCCGGGAGCUCUGUGUCUUCUCCUUCUACACUCUGGGUGUCAUGUCUGGCGCGGCAGAGGAGGUGGCCACAGGUGCUGAGGUGGUGGACCUGCUAGUGGCCAUGUGCCGUGCUGCCCUCGAGUCCCCUCGCAAGAGCAUCAUCUUUGAGCCUUACCCUUCCGUGGUGGACCCCAAUGACCCCAAAACACUUGCCUUCAACCCCAAGAAGAAGAAUUAUGAGCGGCUGCAGAAGGCCCUGGACAGUGUGAUGUCUAUCCGGGAGAUGACCCAGGGAUCCUACCUGGAGAUCAAGAAGCAGAUGGACAAGCUGGACCCCCUGGCCCAUCCCCUCCUGCAGUGGAUAAUCUCCAGCAACAGAUCCCACAUUGUCAAGCUGCCUCUCAGCAGGCAGCUGAAGUUCAUGCACACCUCCCACCAGUUCCUCCUGCUCAGCAGCCCCCCGGCCAAGGAAGCUCGGUUCCGCACCGCCAAGAAACUCUACGGCAGCACCUUCGCUUUCCAUGGCUCUCACAUUGAGAACUGGCAUUCCAUCCUCCGCAACGGGCUGGUCAACGCUUCCUACACAAAACUGCAGCUGCAUGGAGCAGCCUAUGGCAAGGGCAUCUAUCUGAGCCCCAUCUCCAGUAUUUCCUUUGGAUACUCAGGGAUGGGGAAAGGGCAGCACCGGAUGCCGUCGAAGGAUGAGCUGGUGCAGCGGUACAACCGGAUGAACACCAUCCCCCAGACCCGUUCCAUCCAGUCCCGCUUCCUCCAGAGCCGCAACCUGAACUGCAUCGCACUUUGCGAAGUGAUCACCUCCAAGGACCUGCAGAAACACGGCAACAUCUGGGUCUGCCCCGUCUCGGACCACGUCUGCACCCGCUUCUUCUUUGUGUACGAAGAUGGACAAGUGGGAGACGCCAAUAUCAAUACUCAGGACCCCAAAAUCCAGAAGGAGAUCAUGCGUGUGAUUGGGACUCAGGUGUACACAAACUGA